GCUGCUGUGUUUUUGCGGCACGUGUGUGAAAAAUAUAAACAUUACAGUUUUUGUUUACAAUUUAUGAAAUUGUAUUAUUUAUUCAAUUAGUGUUAUAAAUAUUGUGCAAAAUUAUUAAUAAAUUUUUCUGAGAGCAAUGAUGCACUAUCGCAAAGGUGAAAAUAUUGAAAAACAACUGACUAAGGAAGAAUUGCCAUUUGAAGACUUUUUACCUAAAGGCACAGAAUUUCUAUGGAUGCAUGUUAAUGGAGGCACUAAAGUUAAUAACGUUUUAACGUAUGCGAAAAAUGCUUUAGAUAAAGGAGAACACAAAAAUAUUGUAUGGAGUGGCAAUGGAGGCGGAGUAGUAAAAACAAUAUCUUGUGCUGAAAUAUUAAAGAGGACAUAUCCUUUAUAUCAAGUUACCAGAAUGUGUUAUACAACAGUUGAAGAACACUGGAAGCCACAAAUGGAAGGUUUAGAGGAAAUUGUGGCCAAUCGACAAAUUCCGUCAUUGCAUAUUUUUAUGAGCCUGGAACCUAUAGACGAUAAUGUUAAAGGGCUACAAAAACCCAACACUACAACAGAUUUUUGGGUUUAUAAUAGUAAUCAGAACACCCCAACGACUUCCUCAAAUAAUAAUAGCAAUCAUAGACAGCGUAACAGCAAUCCAAAUCAGAGGAGACCAAAUCACCAUCAAAAUAAAAAUAAUCAACCACCCAGAACAAAUGCAUCAAGUAGUCAAGAACCUUCAAAUGAAGCUAGUAACAGUUCAGGAGGCAACCAACAGCGAAAGACUAACAAUAAUCCAAAACGAAGGAGACCAAAUCACGGCCGUGAUACACAAAAUCUGCCCAGAAAAGAUGACAAUUCAAAUCAAAACGAGAGAAUGGAAACUUAAAGAAUUAAAGUGAUUAUUUUAUGCAGUUUUUCAAGAAAAUAUUAAAGUGAUUAUACAUGUGUGCAUGCAUCAAGAAUUUGCAA